GCCCAGUGAUUCAGGAAGUAACCCAAGCCCUGUUUUCCUACUCGUGCCUCUGUUCUUAUAAAGUCAACGCAGUGUAUUUGAAACAGGGAUUUUAUCCCGAUACUAUCGUGUACAACCAGAAAAGAGUGUACACCGACACAAUGUGUUUAUGUACGGUGCACCUGAUUGCUCUGUUCAUGCUUCAUGCAGCAUGGAGUCAGAGAGCUCCAACAUGGGAUGCGUGUGAAUGCAGUUGGGUAGCAUGGCAAGGAUGGUCUACCUGUUCAAGGCUCUGCUACGGGAGGCAGGUCAGAGAGAGACAGGUGCGGAUGCUUGACAGUUGUGAGACUUUUGGGCACUGUGAUGGUGGCGCCGGCGCCUACGACUACAGGGACUGCAACACUCACUGUACCUACGGUUCGUACGACUCCUCCUACGGCGGAUGCAGGUGCCCGGCUGGGAGAUAUGGAACAUGCUGUGAUAAUGUUAUAACCUGUGGUACGCCACAAACAACGUCAAACGGUGCCUACACAGUCAGCAACAGCAACAACUACGGCAGCGUGGCCACGUACACGUGCACCAACGGGUACAACAUGACUGGGACUGCCACAAUGUCAUGUUCCACCUACAACAGCAACUCCACGUAUGGAAACUGGACGGGGUCUGCGCCAAGGUGCCUGUUCGCUGAGUCCUGUAACAGCAGCCCCUGCCAGAACGGAGGCACGUGUGUGAACGGUCUGGAGAUGUACACGUGUGUUUGUUCGCCUGGGUGGCCAGGGAUCAACUGUGAAGCAGGUAGGAAAACCAGCAUGGCUGAUCAAACUAACAAAUGUACGGCGAUCAAAUGCUGAUAGCACCUCAUAUCUGAAAACACAUUUUCAUAUCCUAGUUACACUCUUUAACAACACAAUUGUUGCAGUUAACAAACGUAGAUUGAGUACUUAGGGCUGUUUAUGUAUCACCUGUAAAUAACAUCUGACUUUUAUAUACCUUCAAUUAGUAAUCAUACACACAUUAUUGGCUCAUGUGACCCUAGAUGUGUUUUGUUUUCUAUAUGUGACCAUGCUGGGAUGUAAUUAUACAUGUAUGCAUGAUUUCAUUGAGCGUGAGUGUCUUUUUGUGUGUCUGCAUCUUAUGACUUUACCUCUUGCAAUUUAACACGUUCACGGCAUAGCUUCUGGCACU